AUGAACCCCAUUCUUCAUCUCAGUGUUCUACUGGUAAUCCUCUCACAGUCGUUUGUCCAAUCCAGCUCGUUUGCCAGGGCAACUCAAGUUAGAAAUGAUAUUCCCGCAACUACCUGCUCGCGAGCCGGGCUUGUCGCGAUGACUUACGAUGAUGGGCCUUUUGAUUACGAAAAUGAAAUCUCCGACUACCUCCAUGCCCGUCAAAUUAAAAGCACCUUCUAUGUUAACGGCAAUAACUACGGCUGCAUCUACGAUGAUGCGAUAGUGAAGCACUUGAAGCGGACUUUCUCUCAGGGCCACUUGAUUGGAUCGCAUACAUGGUCACAUGCAGAUAUCAGUACCUUAUCGGCCGAACAAUUGAAUCAACAGCUUGAUUUCACUGAGUUAGCAUUAAUGAAGAUUCUGGGAGUCAAGCCCAAAUUCUUCCGACCUCCUUAUGGUGCAUACAACGAUCAGAGCCUGGAAAUACUGAGAAAACGGGGGUAUAUCGUGGCCAACUGGUCGUUUGACUCUGAAGAUGCUGUGGGUGCGACCCCCGAGCAAUCGAUGGAAUCUUACAAGCAGCUAGCCAAGAUAUUUCCGGCCUCUCAGAUCACUCUCAACCACGAGACUUACCAAACUACUGCCAAAAGAGUGACCCCAUAUGCAGUACCCCUGUUGCAAAAAGCUGGAUAUAAGCUGGUGCAUGUGUCCGAAUGCUUGGGAACAGGAACCAAUAUGGCAGAUCUUUAUCAAUGGGUUGGAAAACCCUCUGCCAGAGACUCAUCGUGGACGUGUGAUGGAAAGCCAGUUUCAACAGACGAGUGA